GGCCAGUGUGGGUAGGGGCGGGGCUCCCCGGCCUGAGGCGGAGAGACGCGGCCUCCGCAAGGAGCGGGGCUUUCUCUGGGGCUCCUUCCUGCGGCCGCUGCGGAUUGUCGGGCCAGCGAUUCACUCCUCUCUAUGGUUCUUCCUCUAAGCUCUUCCGGGGCAGCUAGUAACCUUGGUAACUGACAACUUCCGACGCGCGGGAUCCUGGGAUAGAGCGAUGGCGGAGCCGAGACUCGGAGCCGAGCCGGCUUCACCAUUCCCAAUAGCUACAGAACCUCAGAAACCCCGCCCAAGAAAAGUGCCAGAGCUGCCAAUCUUGGAGAGAAGGAACUGGCUGAUACACCUGCACUAUAUCUGCAAAGAUUAUGAUGCGUGUAAGAUUGCUAUCAAAGAGCAACUCCACGAGACUCAGGGAAUGUGUGAAUAUGCAGUCUAUGUUCAAGCUUUGAUAUUUCGCUUAGAAGGGAAGAUUCAAGAAUCCCUAGAACUUUUUCAGACAUGUUCCAUUCUAAAUCCUCAGAGUGCUGACAACCUCAAACAGGUGGCGCGAUCAUUGUUUCUGUUGGGGAAACACAAAGCAGCUAUUGAAGUAUACAAUGAAGCCGCUAAACUCAACCAGAAGGAUUGGGAGAUCUGCCACAACUUGGGCGUGUGCUACAUGUACCUGAAGCAUUUCAACAAGGCAAAAGACCAGCUGAACGAUGCCUUGCAGCUCAACAGGCAUGAUCUGACAUACAUGAUGCUGGGAAAAAUUCACCUGCUGCAAGGGGAGACCGACAAAGCCAUCGAAGUCUAUAAGAAAGCAGUGGAGUUUUCUCCAGAAAACACAGAGCUCCUUACGACCCUGGGUUUACUCUAUUUGCAGCUUGGGGUUUAUCAGAAGGCAUUUGAACAUCUUGGAAAUGCACUUACAUAUGAUCCCACCAAUUAUAAGGCUAUCUUGGCAGCUGGCAGUAUGAUGCAGACUCACGGAGAUUUUGAUGUAGCCCUCACCAAGUACAGGGUAGUAGCCUACACCAUGCCUGAAAGCCCCCCAUUAUGGAACAACAUUGGAAUGUGCUUCUUCGGCAAGAAGAAAUACGUGGCAGCUAUCAGUUGCCUGAAGCGAGCCAACUACUUAGCUCCCUUUGACUGGAAGAUUCUGUACAAUUUGGGGCUAGUCCACCUGACAAUGCAGCAGUAUGCAUCUGCUUUCCACUUUCUCAGCGCCGCUGUCAAUUUCCAGCCCCGGAUGGGAGAUCUCUACAUGCUCCUGGCAGUGGCUCUGACAAACCUCGAAGAUGCUGAGAAUGCAAAACGAUCCUAUGAGCAAGCUGUAGCACUGGACCAGUGCAAUCCCCUGGUCAAUCUGAACUACGCUGUGCUGCUCUACAACCAAGGGGAUAAGAAGGGAGCACUAUGCCAAUACCACGAGAUGGAGAAGAAGGUCAACUCCCUGAAGGAGAACAGCGCUCUCGACUUUGACCCUGAAAUGGUGGAUGUGGCCCAGAAGUUGGGAGCUGCCCUUCAGGCAGGGGAGAGUCUAGUCUGGACUAAACCUGUCAGAGAUUCCAAAUCAAAGCAGCGAGCCACUACAUCCAGCAAACCCUCCAGCACUCAGCAACCUCUGGGCUCUAACCAAGCCCUGGGUCAGGCCAUGUCUUCAGCAGCUGGGUAUGGGAAGACUAUGCAGCUUUCUACAGGUGCUGGAGCAUCGGCUCCCCUUGCAAAGCCCCCGUCGCUGCCUCUGGAACCUGAACCGGCCUCAGAAACAGGCCCCGAAGAGACCACAGUCCCUGCAGAGCCCCAAGAACGGAGAAAAGAGAAGCGCAAAAGCAGGCUGACCACAGAAUAGAACAGCCGCACUGGAUGGGCUGGGCAGGCAUGGGGGCCUGCUGGGCCGUUGGGAGCAAAAAUCUUUGCUGCCACCCCUUAACUCAAGCAUACCGUGAGCUUAGGCAAAAUGCAGCUGGAUGCCGAUACGGUGACAUUACCACCUGGCCUCAUCCUUGUCUCAGUGAUUCUUUGCUCCGUGGCACCCAGAAGAGGUUCUGAUGAGCUGCCCACUCAUGCUGCUGUGCUACUGCAUGGGAGAACAGAGGUGCAAUCCCUUACUUCCUUGAGGGAGGGGCUGCUGUAGCAUUGCACACAGCGCUUAGGUGCUGAAUCACUGAGAUGGGCUGAGUCAAUAGGAUGGUUUAGCGAGGGCCAACUACGGUGACUGUGCAGCUUUUAAAGCAGUAGCUUGGACCAGUUCUCUAAUUAGAACCCAGAGAGGAUCAUGCCCCUUUAGCAAGUGAGCCUUUUAGCUGGCUCAAAGGAAGCUCUACCAGCCCCUUGUAGUAAGGUAGUGGAAGAACUGGAGGAGGGGAGAAGCUAGAAAAAUUAACAGGACAAGUGAGUGGAAGCCAGAUCAGUCCAAGGAGUGAAACAACUCUGAACGCAGGCCUGGAGAGGCUACUCUCCAUUACUCAAAGGGAGAUGUGUGCAACCUGUAUGCCUGUUUACCAAAGCCCAACCUCUCGUCGGGGUUGUCCAUAAACCUGGGGAAAGCAUUUCCAGCCCCCUUUUCUCAGGCAGCUAGCUGCAAGGCCACCUGCCCGGUACGUUGGGAGAGGAGCUCCCUCCGUCAGAGCUGUUCACAGUGCUGUCAGUCCUGCAAGGUAGAGGUGACAGGGACUGGGAGGGAGCAGACUUCUCUGUAAUAGACUCACCCGUUAGCAAAUGAAAGGAGACUGGACUUUCAUCCACAAUGUAAGUCUCUUGCUGGAUUCACUCCAGGGCGCUCUGGCUGACAGCAGGCAGGGGGCACUUUGAUACCCUACUAACAUACUGCCUCAGUUUGGUGGGAGUUUUAAAGAGCAUGGAGUAAUUUGCCUUCAACACCCAGCUCUCCUGGAAGUUACUAGCACCUUGAGCAGGUUGAUUUCUCUGUUUGUUCUGCUGAUGACGGGCUGGAACCAAUUCCAUUCCCACAGUCACUAAGUGAUAAGGGACAGGCUGACAGAGCCAAACAGAAUUGGAAAGAGUGGCUGCUUUAAUUUCUGCCUUUUCCAGCAUCCCUGGGGCAGUUACAGUUAUAACCUCUUUUGGGAACUUACACCAGUGGAGAGUUCUCUUCCUGAAAAGUAGAUUCAUGGCCUCAGGAAAGCUGGGUGGUAGCAGGCAUGAGGAUGUGUUGGAACUGAGAAUUAGCCUGUUUCCUUAGAGUCACUUACCUUCUGAUACCCUCCCUCCAGCCCUCCCACAUAAGUUAAAUCCUGUUGACACUAACUGGCCUAAUUUUAAUAAAGCCAUUGAGGUUGGACAACCUCGGUAGUGACCAUCUCUACCGUUCCAUCAGUUCCAACCCUUUCCAGACUCAACUGCAGUCCACAACGGAGAACUGGCAUCUUUGUUUGUUUUUUAAACUUCAAUCCAUUCAGCCCUGUACGUGCUGGGAGGGGAAAGAUUAUUACCACUAAAGAAAUGGCUGUAAUCCAAAGCGCCUGUGCACUUGGGCUGUGUUGUUCUCCAGAAGUGAUGGAGAGGAGGGGACCAUAGUAAGAGCUUUUCAGAUACAGCUCUUUGUGGUAAUCACUAGUGCCCAAGAAAGUAGCAUAGUUGGCCUGACCCACGGCUGUUGCUGGGACAACCUGUCUGAGGAAGAUUAUUUGGCAAAAACAACACAGCAAGAUCUUCCGUUUGCUCCCUUCCCCACAAGGGCGAGAGCAGGGUUUAGGCUUUGCAUUUCAUAACUUGCUGCUAGUUAUACCAAUUAGGUCAUUUAAAGUGUUCUGUUGCUAAGAUAGCUCUCACCUUUUGAACAAUUUAGCUAUUGUCAGCUUUACCCCAGCUGGCAAGGGAAACUCUUCCCCAGCAGCUGCAGCCAGGCUAAGCACCUCACACCUGAAUGGAGCCAUAUGAGACUAUAAAUGUUACAUACAGGCUGUUUUCCUUCUGAGUUAAGAGACUAGUUAAACUAAAGGUGAGGCCAGUUUCUCUGCCCUUAAUUCACUAACAGUUUGUAUCUCCUAGCUGCCCUGCCCUGCCCUGGCCCCAGUUCCACAGAACACUCCAGCCAAAAAAAGCUGCUUUUGCAACAUAAAGCAGAACCACCAUCAUCGACAUAAAAUGUCAGUAACUCUUACUGGUGUAGCCCUUGUCCGCCUUGCCCCACAGUGAUUGUGAUUGCUGCCAAUCACAUCUCAAGCCCCUAACACACCUACAGACGCUAAAUUAAUAACUUGUGCAAGGAACCCUUCAUUAGUGUUGUAGGAACCUACAGUGUGUUUCACAGGUUUUCUGUACCUACAGCUCCCACUGCUGUCAGGAUAUCCGGUGCUCAGACCUCUGAAAGCUAGCCUAGGCAUGAUUUACAAGUCCUGAAUUUAGCUGUAUUAUGGGAUAACAACCUUAAAGUUUCAUCAGUGUUAUUUUGCAUAAUCAACAGUAACUAAUCAGAAUGUACAAGGGAGGGCAGUUAACGUUACCAGAUCCUUAGCUUGGUCACCAAAUGCCUGGUGCAACAUGGGCCAGGUUCUGGGAAUAACAACAGCCCUGCUGUACAUUCCGAUUAGCUACUAUCGUGCAAAAUGACGCUAAUGCAACUUUAAGGUUAUUAAAGCGCGAUCAGGAACCAAAGUUAAUGUAUUUUGGGGGGUUAGCUGACAAAUGGCUGAUGAGCUCUUGAUCUAUUAAACACACUAAAUGAACAGCAACAGUUCACAAUUUUUGGUUUGUAACCAAAGUGCCCUGUUUAAACCAGGUUUGACUUCCUCACAACCCAUUUAACUGGUGUUGCAGUUAUUUUGUAUUACAAAUACUAGAGGCCUCCCCCUGGGUUAGGGGCUGUACAAAACAGAGUUCUUUCCCUGGAGAGCUUACAAUUUAAGUAGACAAGACAAACGGUAGUUGAAAUGGGAAGCAACUUACCGAAAUCAUAACUGAUCAUUCUAGUAUCCUGUUAGUUGCAGUUUUAUAUUGAAAUAGUCAUGCUGAAUGUCACUGUCAUUUCCAUGGGGUGCAUGUGAGAGGAUUGAUUUUUACUGGAAGAGCACAAAGCUGGGGCAAGGAGUUUUCUUCACUUCUAAAGUAUGGAGAGAAAUUUUUUUUUUUAAAUAAACAGUUUGCUUCAGCAUCAGCAUCCCCCUUCAAACCUCUCUGUGCAGUUUCUUCAGCAUUUAGGUGCAAUAGUUAAACGUGGGCAGAGGAAGACUUGAUAAGCAAAACAAAGUUGCUUUAAUCCCUCUUGUUGAUGUACUGCUUUGUACCUUACAUUAAAACCCCUUUCAGACUAGGGAGGGAACAGCCCCUUCUUUUAGUAUAUAAAAUAGGUGACCAGACCAUGGAAUGGUGACUGCCUAUGCCCAUGGGAAGGUGAUCCACUGAAGCAGGAAGACUGGGGCUUCUCCCCCUGUCCCAAAUACUAGUCUUAUUGGUAGUGAACUGUUUGGUUGAACUUUUAAUCUUACUCUGAACAGUGCCUGUGGAAGCAGAGGAAGGAAACGGGUGGGGAAAGGCCUGUUUCUAGCAGGUAAUGAAAUACAUUUGCUACACUUAAUUGAUUCAAGCAGCUGCUGCCCCACUGACAGUUUCACAAUGUAGUGUGACUCAUGAGGAGCCAUACACCUUGAUCUUCAGGAGAGAGGAGAUACUUGAAGAGCUACGCCCUACUUGCCCUGUCCCCAGAAGUGUGUAGCCCCCUUUUUUAGGCUCCUGGAUGCUAAGAUCGUCUAAUGCUUUUACAACGAGGAUUUCAUGUUUACAGAGUACACACAUGGAUGGUAGAAGUGUUUUAAAUAACCUUUGGGGACAGCAUUCUCCUUCUGUGGAAUCAGACUGUGGGACCUUGUUAGUCUCUAGACUUGGGCUAGGGGAAGAGGGAAUUUAACUUCGGGGGGCAUUUUUAAAUGUGUAAAUAGAGACCGUAGAUGAUGAGGAUAAUAAAUGGAAUUGGAGCGCAGCACGUGGUUUUAUAUACAAUGGAUUCACAGCAGUCGCUUCCCUGUACUCUCCAACUUUGACCUGGCUGAUGGAGAGUGAGGCUAGACUGGUAAUGAAAGAAAGGUAAGUGUAGGGAUUUUUCAGUGGAAUUUAUGCUGUUUUUGUUCUCCUUCCCUCCCAAACAAGCUGCUUGGCUGAAACAUAAUAUUGAAGUGACAGUUUUCCUUCUCUUUCCAUAAAUAGGUACGUAAGAGGGAAACAACAGCAGGUCAGAAAGAGCUGAGAGUUGGAUUUCUAGAGCCAUUGGUGCCCCUGGCUUUUUUUGAGCACAUCCACACCACAGACCAGCUUACCUUGUCCCGUCUAGUUUCCGCGUAGGCAAAAGCUAGGCGUGCUAAGCCACCUCAUAAGAGCACGUGCUAUAAUACGUAGAGCCUUGCAAAUCUGCAGAUAACCAGUUUAUUUCCACCCGUGAGGAUAUCCAUGGACCAUGUCUGCAGAGUGGCUGCAGAUACAAAUUUUGUGCCCACAUAGGGCUCUAAUAAUAGGCUCUAAGGGAAAGGACAUGCAGGAAAGGCUGUCAUUUCAGCCAAGAGGAGCCUAGAACUAAGUCAGACACAUGCUGUUCCAAACUAGGAAGAUGGAUUUGCACUUGGCAGAGCCCUUUCUAUGAAGACAGACAACUUUGUAAGCUGAUUGGAAAAAAAGCUUUACUGAAAUAGUGUGACAAACUAUAUACAGAAAUGCACUAAAAAAAUCAAAGCAUAGCAUAUAAAAAGUCCCAGGAUGCUUACAAUAGAAAAGACACAUUAAUUUUACCUCAAGGAAGGUUCCCCCGUGUGUUUCUCCCCUCCCCCAAGUCAAACUGCACAGAAACAGAAUUUCCUGUGCCAUGCUUCACAGAUAUUGUACAGUGGAAAAAAGAUAGGCUCAGACACUAGUUUGUAUUGUUGAACAGCAGCUUUCCUGAGAAGUUCUUAAGGAAGCUUUUUGGCUCUUGCAUUUUAACAAGAUCAUUCAUCUCUAGGUGCCAUGGCUUGUGUUCUUCAGCUGCCACUCCCGAAGCAGGAUGACCCCAGAUUAAGUUUUAAAAAAUCACAGCUAGUUUCAUAUAUGCCUUUCCCAUUGCUUCUGAGAUAGCAGAUGCUGUGUCCACAAUGGCCAACCUGCGUUUGUUCCUUUUGCUUGGGGAAACCCAACAGACAGAAGUCUGACAUCCCACAAUUCCCUGAGAUUUCAGUCUGGUCAAGGGUUAUAUCUCGAGCUAUUAUGCAAGAAACUUCAUUAGAACAUAAAACUGGGUGACGGGACCACAAAAUGGUAGAUGAAAUUCAAUGUUGAUAAAUGCAAAGUAAUGCACAUUGGAAAACAUAAUCCCAACUAUACAAAAUGAUGGGGGUCUAAAUUGGCUGUUACCACUCAAGAAAGAGAUCUUGGAGUCAUUGAGGCUAGUUCUCUGAAAACAUCCACUCAAUCUGCAGCGACAGUCAAAAAGGUGAACAGAAUGUUGGGAAUCAUUAAGAACGGGAUAGAUAAUAAGAUAGAAAAUACCAUAUUGCUUCUAUAUAAAUCCAUGGUACGCUCACAUCUUGAAUGCCGCGUGCAGAUGUGGUCGCCCCAUCUCAAAAAAGAUAUAUUGGACUUGGAAAAGGUUCAGAAAAAGGCAACAAAAAUGAUCAGGGGUAUAGAACGGCUGCCAUAUGAGGAGAGAUUAAUAAGACUGGGAUUUUUCAGCUUGGAAGUGAGAUGACUAAGGGGGGAUAUGAUAAAGGUCUAUAAAAUCAUGACUAGUGUGGAGAAAGUAAAUAAGGAAGUGUUAUUUACUCCUCAUAACACAAGAACUAGGGGUCACCAAAUGAAAUUAGUAAGCAGCGGGUUUUAAACAAAAAAGAGGAAGCAUUUAUUCGCACAACGCACAGUCAACCUGUGCAGCUCCUUGCCAAAGGAUGUUGUGAAGACCAAGACUAUAUAACAGGGUUAAAAAAAGAACUAGAUAAGUUCAUGGAGAACAGGUCCGUCAACUGCUAUUUGCCAGGAUGGGCAGCGAUGCAACACCAUGCUCUGAGUGUCCCUAGCCUCACUUCACCAGAAGCUGGGAGUGGAUGACAGUGGAUCAAUUGCUCAACAAUUGCCUGUUCUGUUCAUUCCCUCUGGGGCACCUGGCACUGGCUCCUGCCAGAAGAUAGGAUACUGGGCUAGAUGGAUGUUUGGUCUGAUCCACGAUGGCUGUUCUUAUGUAGUUUGGUUAUAUUUUAAUUUGAGAACAUUCCUGUUAUAAACCCAAUGUAGAUGGCACCAGCCCCAGGUAUGUAUUUAGGCCUGGAAGGAUUAGUCUUAUCUGUACAUGUCAGUAAACACUGAUCUCCCUGUACACACACAAACCCAUGAAAAAGUAAUUCUAGCUAUGAUGAUCGAUAUUUAGAUAGCCCAAGUAAAACUAAUGUUGCCUGAGAAUUACUUAAAGUUCCACCUUAAUGUGUAUAAAACAUAUCGUAUUGUUUGCAUUGGUGCCAUUUAGGUAACUAACUUUUUGAAUCUCAAUAUUAACUAAUAUUAAUAUUGUCAUUAAAUUAUUACUCUGACCCACCCGCCCAGUAAUUUCCCACAACCAUGAAAAUUUAAAUUGAUAAUCUAAAAAAAAAAAAGCUUUAAGAAUCAGUAUCUGUCAAAAA